AUGAAUAUAAUCAAUGAUGAUUCAAUGGAAACUGCAAUCGAACCUGAAAAUCAACAAAAUCAAAGAAGACCUGGAUGGUUGAGAAAAAUUAGAUAUCACACUUUCAGAUUUUUGGAUUGUAUUGGAAGUGAAAAUUUUCUGUUCACACUGAUGUUUUGUCAUUGGAUUAUUUCUUGUAUGCUGCAUAUGACAUUCAGUGAUCGAAGUAAGAUAAAUCUCUCAAUUUAAAAUAUGUAUUUUUCAAAUUUUAUUUUAGGUCAAGUUAUUUCUGAAAUUAUAUCCUUUCUCGCGUUGGUAUAUUUUCUAGCUAUGCUUCUAGUUUUCAUAUCAAUUUUGAGUGGCGUCAAUAGUUUUCUUGUUCCUCUUGGCACUAUUUCGGUAACUUUUCUCAAAUUUUAUAUACAAUUUGAACUCCAACCUCAUGUUUUUUUUUCAGUUUUGUGUCCAAUUAUUUUUGAUUUAUCUGAUUGUUUCAAAUAUUUUUGGAAUACAAAACGAUAACCCAAUUUCUGUGAUUAUCUGUUCAAAAAAUCCCAACUCUUGGACAUGCAAUUUAUUAUCCGGAAAUGGUGGAAUUCUACAUGUUUUCGCUUUGACUUUUGCCUUAUUUUUCUACACCGCAACAAUUUUUGCGUUGUCAGAUCAAGCUGCGAGAAAUUCAGUGGCGGUGAGAUCAGAAAACUCACAUCAUUAUUCAAAAUUUUUGAAUGUUUUAGAGACAACGACAUAUUUUACGUGAUAGAAAUUUGAUGAUGUGGGAAACGGAAAAUGUUCGACAACCAGUUGGACCUGUGAAUUUGGAUGAGCCACCAAGAUAUUCUGUGAGUUUUUCUUUUUUUGAAAACAAUUGAAAAUGAAAGAAGAACAUUUUCCACGUCAAAAUCUUCCGGUAAUUCAUUCCUGAUUUUUUUUAAAAUGUACAAUUUCAGACACUUGAGCAUCCAUCAACCCCGCAACGUCAGCAAUCAAUUCACACUGAAACUUCACCACCAAGAUAUAGCUAUUGGGAACGCACAUUUGUAAGUUCAUCAUAAGAAAAUCUAAUCUGAAAUUAUAUUCUGAAAAUUUCCAGAAUAACCCGAAGAGAUCGACUGAUACAAAAUCAACAACAUCGCCGAAAAAUGUUUGA